AUGAGCUCGACCUCUGCAUCGGAUGGACUAUAUCCAUACCAUCCAAGCCAUGUUCUUCCAGCGGUGUUCUCUGCCUUGAUCGGGAUUUCCUUCCUAUGGCAUAUCUACCAGAAUUUUCGCUACAAGUUUUGGUCGGUAACAUUCUGGAUGUCAUGGGGUGGUGCUGUGUUCACAAUUGGUUGGAUCACCCGAUGCAUUUCAAGCUACAACACAUCCAAUGUCGAUCUCUAUAUCGUCCAGACUGUCUUUAUCUAUGCAGGACCGCCAAUUUACUCAGCAAGCGCGUACAAUAUUCUGGGCCGACUUCUGUACUACCUGCCGAUGCAUGCUCCGCUCCAUCCCGGCCGCGUAACUAUUGCCUUCGUCUACAUGGGUGCCGCAGUUGAAGCUUUGACAGCUGCAGGCGCCUCCACAAUGGCCUCGAACACUACCGACCUAGCUGCGUACCAGAACGGUGGAACACUUAUUUCGGCUGCACUAGUUCUGCAAGCUGUCGUCGAGGGUUUAGUCGUUAGUGUGAUAUGUAUGGUCCAUUUCCGUACUAAACGUGUUGCCCAUUCGACGCCACCAAAUGUGCAGAGACUUUGCAUCACUCUAUAUGGCACGUCAUUUCUCGUCAUACUCCGAUGUAUCUGUCGUGCUGUUGAAUCCUUCACAAUUUAUUCCUCAAUUUUGAGCUGCGCAGAAGGCAAUUGCAGUCCCAUCCUGACGCAUGAAUGGUACCUCUACAGUUUUGAAGCUGCACCAAUGGUUUUAUUCACCUACUGGCUCAAUAUCAUGCAUCCAGGUAUAUGCCUUCCUAGACAAAAUAAGCGCUACCUUGACUUGGACUGCAAGACGGAACGUCUCGGUCCUGGCUGGGUUGACAGGCGGUCGAAAUGGCAGACAUUCGUGGAUCCGUUUGAUUUGUCCGGCAUGCUGUCCGGUCAACCAAACCAUGAGAGCUUUUGGCUAUUGCCGGAGAAGUGGCCUGUAGCUGAUGGUAGCUUUGCUCAGGGGACGGCGUCGAAUGUUUCGGGGUUGACUAAUAAAUCGGUCAAUAAUGGCCAAACAAUGCCGUCCUCAGAAUUGGUCUAG